GAGGGGGGGCAGCGCGGAAGGGUGGUGGUGGUGGAGGAGGGUGACGUCACAAGAGGUGUUACACAGGCCAAAGUUCUCAGCUGAACUAACUUCAUACUGUGAGAGGACGAGCAGAUAUGGAUGGAAAACACAUCGUGUGGAUGUUGAUGCUUCCCAUACUGGUUCUCCUGGGUGGAACAGAGACUACAGAGUCUUUGAUAGAUUUCAAAAAUAUUGAAGGGAAGCUUGUUUUCUAUCAAAUGGAGGGAAAUGCCACCUACGUGAGAGACAGAGGUGAACUGGCGUCAGAUGUUCCCACAGAGACUAUGUUUGAACUCUUUGAUCCCCAAAAGAAUUUCAGCUCAGCAAAGUUCACCUAUACUUGGGACUUAGGGAACGGACAAGUGAUUAACGGCACUGAGCCGGUUGUCCGCUAUUAUUACCCAGAAUCAGGAAACUACACAAUGUGGUUGAAAGUGGGAGCAAAUGUGACCAAAUAUUCACCUCCGGUGACCAAAGUCUACUCCACAGAGGUUCAAGUGCUUGAUGCCAUCAAGAACAUCGAGCUGAAGGGGCCAUCAGAAUAUGAGGUGUCACAGGACGCCAGUCUGAUUUUUCAUGUUGAUGGAAGUCCUCCCUUAUGGGUUUGCUGGCGUUUUCUCCCCAACUGCAUGCCGGACGUGACAGAGGGCUGCACGCUGACCAUGUUGUAUGACAACAUGUUGAAACUGAACCUCACCUUCGCCUCUGCUGGCUACCACUGUCUGGACAUCAGUGUCCGGAACGAAAUCAGUAAGCUGCAGACCUCCUUCAGCCUCUACGUCAGGAGAAACAAUGGUGCUCAAAUUUUCUUCAUCCUGUCAUGUGCUGCCAUUCUUGUGGCAACGUUCUCCUUCAUCGCAGUCAUCGCCUGUCACCCUCAUCUUCACAGCAAACUUAAGAUUGCUGCUUCCAGUAAUGCCGUAUUUCUGAAGAACCAAGAAUCUGAUGGUCAAAGCUUAAUUCUUUUAAAGCUCUCCAACAUUGAGAAAGCAGAGAAAGAGCCACUCCUGUUGCAAUAUGGGACUCAAGGCCGCUCUUAACCAGCACACUGCUUCUCUUUCUGCCCUCUUAUUGUGGCUGCAUACACAUGUGUUUGGCAAAGAAAAAUCUAAAACUACUAAUAACUGUGACCCUGCAUAUCUUGCAUGUGUGAUUAUAGAUAUAUUUUGCUAAUAUGUGCAUGAUCAAGUAGCUUGAUAUGGUAUUUUGAAAAAAGAAGAAGAAAUAAAGUGCCUGUAUGUAUUUAGAACUAUCCUCUAAGCUGAGUUAAUUGGUGGUUUCACCGCAAAUGUUCAGUAGGCUAAUAGGUCAAACUCUGCGUUUGUCAUAAAAUAAUGAUGGCGAUCAACUGAUGAGUCACAGAACUCAGGUUGACAUUCAAAUAAACUCAUAAAAAAUUAA